UACAGCUUCCUGGCAGCAGCCUUUGUCGCUAACUGGCAACGUGAGUGUGUCGUUUCUUUUUGCGCUUCAUUCAAAGCUGCAGUUCAAUUUUUUAAUAGUUCACCUACACCGGUGUUCAGCGUGAACAAUGGCGUACCGAGGACAAGGACAGAAGGUCCAGAAGGUUAUGGUUCAACCCAUUAACCUCAUUUUCAGAUAUCUACAGAAUCGAUCAAGAAUUCAGGUGUGGCUUUAUGAACAAGUCAACAUGCGGAUAGAGGGAUGCAUCAUUGGGUUUGAUGAGUACAUGAACCUGGUUCUGGAUGAUGCCGAGGAGGUCCACAUGAAGACAAAGAACAGGAAACCACUGGGGAGGAUCAUGUUGAAGGGAGACAACAUCACCUUGCUGCAGAGUGUGUCCAACUAGUGGAUGGGAUGAAGAUUUUUUUUUUUUACACAACAGAACAUGUCUUUUUGUUCUGCAAAACUUUUAAUGCAUUUGUGUUCAACUUGAAAAUGGAGUGUCCUCAAAUAACCUUUGUUUUUCGAAAUA